AUGUGGGGAGGUCCAUGACAAAAAUGGCGGCGUCCUCAUCAGCAGGACGCGUUUUGACUCUUUGCAAACAGUUUCAAAAUGUAUUUAGGAUAUCUUCAGCAAUAAAUACUCCGCAUUGUACUGCUAAUGUAACCAGGUUCCAGCCUUGUCUUUACAGGGAAAAGUCUCCACUUGCUGCCCUGUCUUGCUACGCCUCCAACAGCACUGUGGGUCAGUUUCGUGCCCUUCACACAACCAUCAGCAGAAGAGGGCUGGAGGAGUUUUUUGACUACCCUGAGAACUGGGGACUGACCACCGUAAAGUCAGGUGCACCGUGGACCGCAAAACAGCUGAGAACAAAGAGCAAUGAAGAUUUACACAAACUGUGGUAUGUGCUGUUGAAAGAAAAGAACAUGCUGCUCACACUAGAGCAGGAAGCAAGAAGGCAAAGGCUUCAGAUGCCAAGUCCAGAAAGAAUAAAGAAGGUUGACCGUUCGCUUGUCAGACUGGAGACAGUGGUGAAGGAGAGAGAGACUGCACUGCGUCUGCUGCAGACAGGACAGGAGAAAGGCAGACCAGGAGCCUGGAGGAGCAACACAUUGGGAUAUGUCUACUGGUAUCGAUUCAAAGAGUAUGCUAUUCCUUGGUACAUGAACAGAAGAUACAAGCGAAAGAAGUUCUUCACACCCAAAUUUGUCAAAGAACACAUCAGGCUGCGCAUAGAGAAGCAUCUUCGAGAGAAGGCCAGGAAAGCCAAUUUAGAGAAGGAAACUGUGGCCAAACUGAAGGAGAAGAUUCUUGAAAUGAAAGUUCCCGCAUCAUGAAAUUUCAAAUGCAUGUUUUACAGAUGUUCUUGCCAGCUGUCAGCCAGGCGUCUGUCCAGACACAACGUCCUUUCCAAUUUUAUCAGAGUCAAAACAUCUGAAUCAGCUCAUAUUAAUUACAGGAAGACUGUCUGAAACUGUUGUCCUAUGUGGAGUAUGACUGUACUUGUCCAGCUGUUAUUUGAUCUUAUAAAUUAUGCUACAUCAACUUGAAA